AUGCAAAGUGUGCGGUUUACAUUUGUGAUAUGUUGUCUUUUCGGCUACGCUUUGGCUGUACCACGCGGUUAUCCGAAAGGCGGACCACCAGCGCCACCACCUAGACCACCUGCGCCACCAAGUGGUGGAUACUCAUAUCCGCCGCCGAAUGGUGGCGGCUCGUUUGGUGGUGGUAAUGGCGGUGGUGGCGGUGCACCGGGUGCCGGCUCUGAUAUACCCAUAAUUAAACUGGAAUCCAAAGUCAACAUUGACGGUUCAUAUCAAUAUGAAUACGAAACCGGCAAUGGCAUCAAUGCUCAGGAGUCGGGUUAUGUGAAAAACGCCGAUGAUCCUUGUAAUGCCAUCUUAACGGCAGAAGGUUCUUUCUCAUACACCAGUCCGGAGGGGCAGUCAUUCCUUGUAACUUAUACCGCCGAUGAGAAUGGGUUUCAACCGCAAGGUGAUCAUUUGCCGACACCGCCACCAAUACCGCCCGAAAUACAAGAUGCAUUGGAUAAGAUUGCUGCCGGUGGCGGACAUCCUGGUGAUGGUGGUGACGGCGGUGGUGGUUGUCCUAACAAUGGUGGUGGCGGCUGUGAUAGCGGCUGCAAUGGCGGUGGUGGUGGAAAUGUACCAAAUAAUGGUUAUCUUUAUUAG